AUGACUAAAUCCGAAACAAUCGUCGUUAUUGGUGCGGGCGUUAUCGGCCUCUCAACAGCACUGCUGAUUCAAGAGAACUUGGGGAGCCAGCAAUCGGUCCUGCUGGUGGCAAGAGAUUUUCCUUGGGACAGCUCUAUCAACUAUGCUUCUCCGUGGGCAGGGGCACAUUACCGCCCAGUGCCAGGCUCCUCGCCGCAGGCUCUGCGAGAAGCCAACCAAGCCCGACGAACAUAUCAGCAUCUCAAGGAAAUCGCACUCACAAGUCCUGCGGCUGGCAUACAGUUGGUUCCGGGCGUUGAGCACCUGGAGAAACCCCCUGCGGAAUACUUGGACACUCAGAGUGUGAACAAUGUCUACUCCCACUUACCCGAUUUUCAAUAUCUAAGCAAGAACGAGCUCCCAGCGGGCGUGAAGUGGGGGGUCAAGUAUGGCACCUAUGUGAUUAACUCUCCCGUCUACUGCGCGUACAUGCUGCGCAAAUUCGUGCUGAAGGGAGGCUCUACGCACAAAUACAGUCUUGUCAACAUCAAAGAAGCGUUCACUCUCGCCGAUAAUGUUAAGACGGUGGUGAAUUGCUCUGGAACCGGAUUCGCUGAUCCGAAAUCCUUCAUCAUUCGGGGUAUGUGCAUCAAAUCCAAAGAAAUGAAGACUCAGGGAAUAUUCUCACUUGUGCAUGCACCCGAGAGAUCAGGGCGACCAUCGCUGACUAUUGAUGAAGGCCAAACCUGCCUGGUUCGUAAUCCCGUUUCUUCAACCAUCACACGCCAGAAUGGGGAUGGAUCAUGGUCUUUCUGUAUUCCACGCCCUCUGGACGGCGGUACUGUUAUCGGAGGUAGCAAGCAACCCCACGAUUGGGAUCCCAAUCCCUCCCCGGAGAUUCGCGCUCAACUCCUGACCAAAGCCGCGAAGUGGUUCCCUUUCACUCCGGAAAGCGGCAGCCAAUUUGAUGUAAUCGGGGACAUCGUGGGUCGGCGGCCCGCCCGUGAAGGCGGGCUACGAAUCGAGGUGGAGACCAUCGAGAAUGGGAAGAACAUUGUCCAUGCUUACGGUGCCGGCGGACGAGGGUUUGAGCUAUCUCGAGGCGUCGCAGAAGAUGCCACGGCGUUGAUGUUAGACAAGGGGCUCUUGAGUGUCCAGGAUAAGGCUGCUUUGUAG